AUGGGUCCUGUAACGGUCAUCAUCGACCUCUUCCUCCAGUAUGUCUUCCGUCCACUGGAUCACUUCUUAUUUUCCAAGGACCGCUACAGCUCUCGCUUUGCAGUGCUUGCUCCGGUGACGAAGUACUUCUCAUCAUGCAGGUUGGCGUUGUGCAAUCACUCCCUCUAUCCUUGGCCCUCGGCUCCCGCAUGGAGUUUCAUGAUCUAUUGCUCCAAGUGUGCGUCCCCCUCAGCCUUCUGGUGCGUGGAGUGUGACACGCGAUACUGCGCCGGCUGCGCAGCCCGAUAUCACCACCCAGGCCUCUAUGCCCAGCAUCACUCUGUGGAACCGCUGGAAGGCAAGCAAGUGCGAUUGCUGGGCCUUGUGAUGAGCAACCUUCUUGUCAUCCUCUCCGCGUUCUACGUUGCGUCCUCCAUUCAAAUUGCACCAAACUACCUGACCUCGGCAGACCUCUGUCCUGUCACAAGCCAGGUCCGUGCCGUGGCAGCAGGCCUUGACUCAAAAGUCUUCUAUUACUACAAGGCAGAAUUGGUCGGGUACUGCAACAUGGAGGACUCCUUUUACAAGUUCUUCCUGGACGGAUGGGUCCGUGGAAUCGUGACCACGUCAGAUGACACGCUCCUCGUCUUGACCUCGGCAGCGCCAGCCUAUGUCAUGACCACGGUUCUGUCAAUCUUGCUGGUGCCGAUCGUGGCGUUUUUUUACGGCCUCAUCAUGGCGGUUACUCACUUCAUUGACUCAUUGCUGCCGAAGAGCUCGGGGCUGGAACAAGCUGAGCAGUUCUUGCAGAGGUUUGACCUCUGCACGUUCUUCGGCGGACAGUCAGCGGCACCACCGCCAACAAAGUGGCGACUGAAGCCGGCGAUGGACUUCUUCGACCACUUGAAGUACGCAAAGAACCGAAGGACCCGGUUCUACUCCUACUACUACGCGGCUGCCCGGGACGCCUUGACGUACUGGGUCAAUCGUGCAGUGCCGUGGUUCAUGGCCUUCCGCCUGCUUCUGAUCUGGUGCCCUGGGAACUUGGGAGCUGUGUUGCAGAACCUGCUCUCCUACAUCAUGGGGUCCACGAUCGCAGAGCAGCAGCUCUGGUUCACGGACACCGUCUCCAACAUGCUUUUCAGUGACAACGUCAGCUCCAGGUUGCUCUCGGGCAGCAUGGGCUACGCGCAUCACGUGUUCAGCCUACUUCCCUUCGUGGAUGCCGUCAACCAGCUCCUCUUCUACUCGGUCUUGGCCGCCUCAUGCUUGCUGGCUGGAUUCAUUGGCUUCCUGCUUGUCAUCACGCAUCAGCAGCGGAGAUACUACAGCGAGUUUGACGCUGGCGAGGUCGUGGGAUGCUGUCCCAACCAAGAGUCUUGUUCCUGUGAGUCCAUCAAGUUCAUGGUUGCGAAGGCGUUGGAGGGCAAGUGA